UCGCCAUCUUGGUAAUCAACUUUUCAUGUUUCUCCGCGCAUCGGAAGACUUCUUGCUUCCAGCGACCGAAAUAGACGUCGAUGGUCUACAGACGGGUGGCCAUCGGGUGCCAGAUGCAGCUAUCUUUGUAGGCGGAUCGAAAAUAGGGCGACACAUUCGACUGUAAGAGAUCUGACAGGUGGUGUGGAAGGCGGACCGCGGUUUGACGGCUGGAAAUUUCCAAGACAGAUGUGAAGUCUGCUCCUCCUGAUCCAUCCUGGACCAAAAGAUGUGACCAUCACAGGUGGGCAGUACUCCCUGUGAUCUGCUCCUGGGUGAUGUGGAGGGAAGCUUGUUUUGAUGGCUGGCACCGUCGCCAAGUUCGCUCCCUAUGCUAACUUACACGAUGAGUUUGUGGUGAGACAGACUAGCAUGGAGGAGGAGGACCUUGUCCUCAACUUGUUGGAUGAUGAAAGUUUCGCGAAACGUACGCAGGCGCUCGACUACCUACGCGGGGUUGUGCGCAAGAAUGGAGGGCGGCUGGUGUUCCACAACAGGCAGGCUCUGUUCAACGGCCUGGCCAACCUGCUCCAGGACUCCAACUGGAACGUGCGGCACCAGUGCAUCCAGCUCAUCUCCGAGAUGAUCCCGGGCUUCGGGCCGGGGCUGGAUACCGGCAUGGCGGCCGUCCUGCCAAACAUCGUGUUCAACAUCGGCGACACGAAGGUGGCCAUAAAGAAGUCUGCUAUUCAGACUGUUCAUCUCUACCUGAAGCAUUCGAUGGACCGAAAGCUCAUUUUCAACGCGCUCGUGAAACACGGGUUGGAAAACGAGGAUCCGCGGAUCGGGAGAGAAACUGUCGUGGCUCUGCCCAUGAUGCUGACUCCAGAGUUUGCUAAGGAAGAUUUGUUUCCAUUGACUCUCGCCUUGGCCAGGAAGCUUCAAGGUAGACCAGACGAAGAUCCCAAGAAGAUUCUUUACUCCAUGGACAGAAUACGAUCGUUAGUGGGAGACAACAAGUUUGAGAUGUGGGUCUCCAAAUUCCCAUCUAAUCUACAACAAGCCUACUACAAUGCAUAUGACACUGAACGUAAUGGCUAUGACACGCCAAAGCACGAUUCUGUCAAGUCUGCCAAGUUCGAUUCUCCUAGCAGGGAGGGGAGAGAAGUGGACCUGAAUUCCAGCGGACAUUUCAACAAGGACUUUCCCGAGAGAUACCAAACCUCCGCGCGUGAGACCAACCAUGUGAGACCGAUGGUUGCACACAGACUGGUGUCUCACGAUGACGGGCCGUAUGAGUUUGGCAUCAUCCCUUCUCACGUCAUGCAACAGUUGGUCGACCAGGAUGAUUGGCGCAUUCGUGCACAGGGAAUCGAACAGUUGAAAAACAUCAUGGCCAGUCUACGAGACGCGACACCCUUGUUACCUCAGCUGCUGCCCUUCAUCAGCUUUCUCUGUAACCUGCUGGAUGACGUCAACUUUAAAAUCACCACCGUGACGCUGGAAAUUUUCGGGUUGUUGGUGGACAAGCUGAACCUUGGUGUGAAACCUUACUUAAAGCCCAUUGUGUCGGCACUCACAAAGCGGCUGGGCGACUUAAAAUUCGUGAUCAAACAGGAAAACCUGCGCGUUCUGAUGCAGCUGAUGAACAUCCUGAGUCCAAAGCCCAUCCUCAGUCACCUGUACGAAGGCCUGGACCAUAAAAACUCCCGUGUUCGGGAGGAGACACUAAACGUCAUCAUCGCGUCCUUGUUGACUUUUCCCACCUACGAGUUUGACCUGGGCGCUCUGUGUGAGAUCGUGGCUCCGACGUUAGCCGACUCCAAGCCGAGAGUCCGGCAGGCCGCGUUGGAAGCCUUCGCGGUGCUGGCCCAGUCCAUGGGUCCGGGUCGGCUGCAGCCGCUGGUGUCGGCCGUGGACAGUGUGGAGCUGGGACGGGAUGGGGACGGCGUCAUGGCGGCCGUGCAGGCGCGCCUGGCGCGGAGACAGCUGCCCCGCCUGGGGACCGACGGGCUGGUGGAGUACGCCACGCCGCCGCCGGCCUCCGCGCGCUCCCGCAGCAGUGGUUGUCCUGACUGUCACAUGGCAGAUGGACUGCUGAAUGGCAUGUAG